AUGAAUGUAUCUACUGGCCGCAAAAUUCAAGAAGAGAUUAAAGACAGGCUGGCUGAAUUUCUUUGGCCGUAUCAGUGCUCUGUGUGUGAGAAGAGCUUCACCCGCUCCUCCAGUUUGGCUAACCACCGGCACGUACACACAGAACAGAGGCCACAUCAGUGCCUUGAUUGUGGGAAGAGAUUCCGUGAAUCCUCCAGGUUGACCAACCACCAGCGCAUCCACACAGGGGAGAAGCCAUAUCAGUGCUCUGUGUGUGAGAAGAGUUUUACCCGCUCCUCCAGCUUGGCUGUGCACCGGCACAUACACACAGGGGAGAAGCCACAUCAGUGCCUUGAUUGUGGGAAGAGAUUCAGUGAAUUCUCCAGGCUAACCGAACACCAGCGCAUCCACACAGGGGAGAAGGUGCAUCAGUGCUCUGAGUGUGGGAAGAGAUUCCGUGAAUUCUCCCACCUGACCAAACACCAGCGCAUCCACACAGGGGAGAAGCCAUAUCAGUGCUCUGUGUGUGAGAAGAGUUUUACCCGCUCCUCCAACUUGGCUGUGCACCAGCGCAUACACACAGGGGAGAAGCCACAUCAGUGCUCUGAGUGUGGGAAGAGAUUCAGUGAAUUCUCCAGGCUGACCGAACACCAGCGCAUCCACACAGGGGAGAAGCCACAUCAGUGCUCUGUGUGUGGGAAGAGCUUUGCCCAGUCCUCCAACCUGGCCACGCACUGGCGCAUCCACACAGGGGAGAAGCCGCAUCAGUGCUCUCAGUGUGGGAAGAGUUUUACUUACUCCUCCAGCCUGGUCAUGCACCGGCGCAUCCACACAGGGGAGAAGCCACAUCAGUGCUCUCAGUGUGGGAAGAGCUUUGCCCGAUCCUUCACCUUGGCCAUGCACCAGCGCAUCCACACAGGAGAGAAGCCACAUCAGUGCUUUGAUUGUGGGAAGAGAUUCAGUGAGUCCUCCAGCCUGACCAAACACAAGCGUAUCCACACAGGGGAAAAGCCACAUCAGUGCUCUGAAUGUGGGAAGAGCUUCACCAGUUCCUACAACCUGACCAUACACCAGCGCAUCCACACAGGAGAAAAGCCACAUCACUGCUCUGACUGUGGAAAGAGCUUCGCCUCUUCCUCCAGCCUAGCUAUACACCAGCGCAUCCACACAGGGGAAAAGCCACAUCAGUGCUCUGAAUGUGGGAAGAGCUUCACCAGUUCCUACAACCUGACCAUACACCAGCGCAUCCACACAGGGGAGAAGCCAUAUCAGUGCUCCAAGUGUAAGAAGAGCUUCACCCAGUCUUCCCACCUGGCCGUACACCAGCGCAUCCACACAAAGGAGAAGCCACAUCAGUGAUCUGUGUGAGGGAAGAGCUUCAUCCACACCUUCAGCCUGGCAUUCCACCAGUGCAUCCCCACAGGCUAAAAGCUACAUUAUUGCUUUGUGUGUGGGAAGAGCUUUGCCAUAUUCUCCCAUCAAUCUGUCAGGUUUUGCUUCUUAGCCUCCCUCCAGAGUUAUGCAUGCCUUGGUGCACAUCACUCCCUUGCCCUCCUGCCCUUGGCUGUACUCUCUGUAAUCCAGUCUUUGAUCAGAAAGCGAUUGUGAUGAACAUGGUAUCCCUGUGGCUGGGCUCUGUGCCCUCUCCUCAACUGAGAUGUGAAUUGAGAAGAGCCCAAAAGCCUUUCCAGGGCAGAUCUCUCUGGGUUCCCAGCCUCUUCCCUUUGCCAAGUGUUCACCACUCCAGGGGUUGUUGCAAACCGUCAAAAAAAAAAAGAGUUGGUUG